CCAUACAGCAUAUUCAGCGAAAGCUUAUUGAAUACUUCUACUUUUCGCUCACUCACAUUUAUAGGCUUUCAGCGCACUCUUCGCUCGGCAGCAAAGUGAUCUUUUACUCUCCAAUCAUAUUAUAAAACAAUCAUAAAUGUGAGCAACUCUUGCGUCGAUCAUGUGGAGAUCAAAGCCGAGAGAUCAACAAAGCUUUUAUCAGACCAUUGAAGAUUUCGGCGGAUUAUGGAAGCGUGAUAAAGUUGUGUGUAAAAAUAGAAAGCAUAAAACCGAAAGUACUAAAAUAGUGAAUAAAAACAAACUUGAAAAAAUGUGUGCAGCAACAAAUAAUACGCAGUAUAACUUUAAUCACGACAAUCGACAAAAUAAUACCGACUCGAAUUCAAAUAACUCCACAAAUACAUUGGAUAAAGAUAAAUGUGAGAAGCUCAAGCGUUUCAUCUUAAUUGUUGUGCUGGCAGUGGUUGGUAUUAUAGGCUGGCACAUCUACGAAUAUUUCUAUGCGGGCAAAGGUGGACCAGAUCCGGAAACAUUUGUGGAACAUGAAAUUAUUGAUCUCACACGGCGUCUAUUCGCCGAUGAAGUAAGCGCGAACAAUUAUCCAAUCAGCGUCAAUUUCCAGGGCAAAACAAAGUCGUUUGCGCGCGAUGAUCGUGCUGCGCAGCCUUUGUUGCAAAUAGAUGAUGCUGCACUGUCAAAUACCUCCUCAACCAUCUCACUGCUUCGUCGUCUCUUUGACAACUAUGUGCUGGAUGUGCACACCAUCGAGAGUACCAGUGAUGAGCAGGCACAGGAAGAGUUGGAUUUCCUAAACGCCAUACUGAAAACUUCUAUGAUGAAGCAUACAAUGAGAUUUCUGCAGCAGAAGGGUCGUGUUUCCGCCGAACACAAUGCACAACUUCAAUUGCUUAAAAGCAUAUGGUUUACACAGUAUUCACGCUCAAAAGGACGCAUGGGUAGUUCAGGUUUUGAGCAUGUUUUCCUUGCAGAACUACGUGAAGAGAGCAUUUUGGGUUUACACAAUUGGAUUUAUUUUCACGAACAGGAAAUGCAGGGCAAUUUGGAUUACAAAGGUUUCAUCGAAAAGAUAGAGUUGGAUAAGAACAAAUAUGUACUAGCCACACGCUUUUCAUUCCACAAUCAUGUUAAACCCUAUAAUACGCUUUUCAUUGGCACUUCACCGGAAUUCGAAUUAAGUGUUUACACAGUCUGCUUCCUGCUGCACGUGGAGGAGCCGUGUCCGGUGCAAAUGGGAAAAACUAAAUUCAAUAUAAAUACAAAUGCUUGGGAUUGGCAUGGCAGGAAAACAUUGGCAGCGGCAUAUCCGAGUUUGGAAAAAUGAAAAUAAAAUAUUCUUCAUUGAAUAUGAAAUGAAUUUAAGUGAACGACUGUCCGGGAGGCUAGAGUGGUGCUUUUAGUUUGUACCCAUUCCUAAAAACAAAUUCUAUAAUAAUUCUAAGUUAUACUGUAAAGUUGAGCUGCUCGCUUAAAGUAAUAAGAUAAGAUAUUAUAUAAAACGAUAAUUGCGUACUUAUUUCA